UAUUUAUUUUAUUGAUAUUUACUUUGUUGAUAAGGGUACUAGCAUAAAACAAUAUUCGCUACAGAGGCUGAAGCGUACUCGAUUCGUUCUAUAGUUCAAGGUAUGGGUUGUUAUUGGAAGAAACCCAGGGGUAAUGUAUGAAUAUUUUUCGUGGCCCAGACACUUCUUUGACUUUGUCUUUUCCCACGCUAAACAACGCAACCAAAUGUGAGAAAAUUUGCAUGGGUCAGGUAAAUUUUGCCCGUACGUGACUCAGUCUGUAAGUGAUCGUUAAGAACGUCUAACAUGGGACUAGCGGCUUGUAUAUGCACCAAAGUGCUCCAGCUUAUUGCUACAGUGGCUGCGCUGAUUGUGAAAAGAUUGUCAGACAAACAUUCAGAGAGGGUGUUUGUCCUUAACAAAAAACAGUCUAGGGAAUGGACACUUUUGAACAACAUCUCUUGGUCAAAAGAAAGCGACGAUUUUGGCACGCUUACAUUCGUGGGAUACACCUUUAUAUCAGCAGUUCUACUAAUCACAAGAAUUAUCGAUUCGACCUCGAACUAUGGCACUUGCGAAGUAAUUCUGUUGACCUGUGGCGUCUUGUUCUUCACUAUAGAGGGACUACUCAUUUUCUUUACCGUCGAACAACUGCCCGAGAAUCUCCUGAUCUAUGCCUAUGCCUUGGGAACACUUUCUUUUAUCUGUGCAGCGUUAUUUGCUCUGGACUUAAUGCUUUUUAAAAACUUGCUUAAACUAAAGAACUCGACAGCGCAAACAGAUCAAUUAAAAGAAACAGUGGCCCUCAAAGUUUAUAAUUUAUCCCAGGAGCCAAAGGCAAGCUGCUGCAGCAAUAGUCCCCGAACACACAUCGUUAAUGAAACUAAUAGGAACUAUUUACGAACGGAUUUAUAGGACCAAUUUAAACAAAUUCUUAUACAUAUCUGC